GUUGGUCCAGGCAGCUACACUCAGCCUUGGAGCUCCCAAAAGCUCCAAACUAUUCAGGGCUUAAGAACCAGGUAGGAAGAUCUAAACUUACUGUAAGUGAACCUGCACAAGUGGCUGUGGCUGUGUGUGAGGCUUGUGUUAAGACCUGACCUGGGGUGAGGGGUUGGGGAGGGGAGCCUGAGAGAAUCUAGGAUGUUAAUGGGCCAGUGAGGCAUUGAAUGUAAAAAAGGUCAGUGAUUCAAUAUGGGGCCCCCAGUGCCAAUGGAUAUUGUUUCCUUGGAGUUUGUUCUGCAGAAAGUAAAGGCUUGGCCCUGUAGAAAGUUGGCUGUGAAGGGUGGAAGGGGCAAGACAGUAGUGACCUGUGAGAGACUGAUCUGUCUCACCCCUUAGCUGGCCUCAGUGGGGGGUGAGGCAGAGAAGGGCCCUGGGAAUUGUCUGCUGUGAGCAUUGGGUCAAGGGGCGGAACAGCCUGUUUGGGAUUGGGAUUCCUAGUUAAGAAAGUGAAAGUGAAAACAGUUGGGAGCUUUCCUAGAAGCUGACUGCUGCCUCCCUUCCCAGAAGGACUGUUAGCAAGCCAGCAAACGGAGUGUUGCUUCCCAGGUAAGUUCCUGGCUCUUAGUCCUUUCCUUCCUAAUGGGUAAGACUGGAUUGGGGAACUGUUAUAGAAGUGCUCUUUGGAGCUGGUAUGAGAGAAAAUUGUUACUAGGUAACACUGGCAGUGCCUUAAGUGCAGUCAGCCCAGCUAGUGGCUAGAGGCUUGCCCUCUAAACUACGGGAGCAGCUCAAAUGGGUGUCAGUAACACUGCCAGAGGGAAAGAGGAACCUGAAAUGUAGGGCUAGCUGACUUUUACUUAUUUUUUCCAGAGGAAGUCACAGAUACCAGACUUGCUUGCUCCUGAUAUAUCAUGACCAUGAGACACUGCUGGACAGUAGACCCCAAUUCUUGGUGGGUCCUGCUUCUGUAUGUCCAUGUUGUCAUUCUGGCCAGAGCUACACCUGCACCUCAGACAACUGCCACUGUCUUAACUGGAAGCUCAAAGGACCCAUGCUCUUCUUGGUCUCCAGCAGUCCCAACUAAGCAGUACCCAGCACUGGAUGUGAUCUGGCCAGAGAAAGAAGUGCCACUGAAUGGAACGCUGACCUUGUCCUGUACUGCCUGCAGCCGCUUCCCCUACUUCAGCAUCCUCUACUGGCUGGGCAAUGGUUCCUUCAUUGAGCACCUCCCAGGCCGGCUGAGGGAAGGUCACACAAGUCGAGAGCACAGGAACACAAGCACCUGGCUACACAGGGCUUUGGUGCUGGAGGAACUGAGCCCCACCCUACGAAGUACCAACUUCUCCUGUUUGUUUGUGGAUCCUGGACAGGUGGCCCAGUAUCACAUCAUUCUGGCCCAGCUCUGGGAUGGGUUGAAGACAGCCCCAUCCCCUUCUCAAGAAACCCUCUCCAGCCACAGCCCAGGACCCAAAUUAGCAGGCCCAGGGGUCGCAUGAAGCCAACCACAGCAUGCCCUUUACUGGAGCCUGACCGGCAUCUACCUGGAGGGUGACAUCUACACCAUAGGCUGUGAUUGCCUCUCUGCAGCUGAACCUCAAACUCAAGCUUCACGUCUACCUAGAUUAUCAUAGUAAUUAAGCCAUUAGAGUUCUUUCUGCUUGUCCUUCUGUCCAUCCAUUCUGCUAACCUUUUCUAAUAUCUUAUUCAUCCCACUGGUGUUCUGGAACCUCUGAGACCUGAUGACGCCUUAGCCAAGUGAUAGCUCUGCUUACACUCAACAUGAAUUUGAGAUGCCUGCCUGGCAGAUUUCUCACAUCCUGCACCAAUCCAACAGGGUUAACCCUGAAGCCUAGUUGAGAUGUAACGUUGGCAACAUCCACACUCAGCUCUGACCAUUAUCUGCAUUGACUUCAAUCUUUACAGGUGUGGGUUUUUUUUUCUUUUUUGUCCCUAGUUUGCCCCCCAAUGUACUGUUCCGAGGAAUGGGAUGGGACAAUGGCUACUUCAGAUCACAAUUGUAUCUGUCAAUCUGUGUCUCAGCAGGGCCCAUGAGUUCGCAUAAAGCUGCAGCAUCUCAA